AUGCUUCACUACCGUUCGCAAUAUCGGGAAUCGCCUUUCCUACCGUUCGAAACGCCGGAAAUCGUCUGGUUACCGUUAACACUUGUCGGAAAUCGCCUGAUUACCGGAAGCCCUCGUCGGAAAUCGCCUCAAACAGAGCUCUCACUUCUCACUAAAUGCAAAGUGAAUUCGCCUCCGGGGUCAUCCCUAUUUAUAGGGGGGAGGUUGGCAACGGUACUCCUCGAAAAACCAAACGGCGCAUUAAUGCGCCGCGCGCCAUCAUUACUUUCGCCACGUGUGGCUCAUCCUGUGGGGAACAGACGGCACGCGAGGCGCGGAAGUCAAAGCGCUCAGACGUCCCUUCACCCAUCAGCUCAACGCGACCUUCUGACUUCGCCGACGUCAGCCUCUGAACUGAUGAUGCCGGAAGGAACAAAGUUUAGCCCCUUCCCCAGGUUGGGUUACCGAACGGUAAGGCCGUGUUUCCUUCCGAAGACGACUUCAAAUCCCCUUCCGAGGACUCUCGCAAGGGGACUUGGGGGACUCCUGUUUAUACCAAAAUGA